AUCUCAAUUGACUUCUAUUACGCUAGUUCUCCUCUAUGAGAGAGAGAGAGAGAUUGAGAGAGCGCUGCAGCCGCCACCUAUUCUCGCCUUGGCCAUGGGAGGAUCACGAUUCACGAGCUGGAGCUGGAGCUCGAGCAGUCAACAGAAGAAGGGAGGAAAGGAAUCCUCCCUCACCCCACCCGAGCAGGUAUUGGGCUCGGAAUCGGAAGGGGAAUUGGAAGCGGAAGCGGAAGCGGAGCCGAUUCUGAUGAUCUGAUCUGAUCGAGGCCAGGGGACUAAUAUCUUGUUGUAAGGAACCUAGUGGAGUAGUAUUUGAUUUGCCUGCUGCAUCGACACCAAUCAAUCUCCCCACUACUAUGGCUUCUUCGCGCGCUAUCGAGGAGGAACUCGAAACUGUAGGAGAUGACAGGAUCAGCGCGCUUCCUGACGAUAUUCUGCUGCAAAUCCUUGAGAGACUUGACCUGCCUAUGGCAAUUCGGACCAGCACGCUCUCCAGGAGAUGGCUGCAACUCCCUCGCUUACUCUCCCAUCUCAUCAUAGAUAUCACCCACUUCAUGCCUGCUCCUCCUCGCCGCGCUGUGAAUUUCAAUGUAGAUCAGAUCAUGGCUGCCUACACGGCUGCAGUCAACAACCUGCUCUUGUCAUCCCCCUCCAGCAGUAACAGCAACACGAGAAGAAUUAUCAAGUGAAUGCAGCUCAGUUUCUUCCUCUCUGAAGACCCUUCCUACCUAUGCUCUGUUGGCCAUGCCGUUGGGGCCAUUGUCGAUGCCGGAAAAACCGACUUGCUCGAGUUCUCACUGUGGUCGGAUGUUGGUAAACUCACCCUUGAGCAUUGCCAGCUGCUCAGACAACGCUUCAUGUCAUUCUCUCACUCUUGCCCGGUUGCUUUCAGGUGGCUCACCAAUCUUGCCCUGCGCAACCUCGCGUUUCAAGAAUCGGACGUCUCCCAUAUCCUAAACACAUGCCAUAACCUGAAGUUCCUUGCCUUGUGUUCUUGUGUCUCGGACUUUGUUGUCCUCAAGAUCGAUGCCCCACACUCGGAGCUCCUCACGCUUGAAAUUGUCACUUGUGGGUUUGACAGAGCUGAUCUGAUCCAUUUGCCAAAUCUUAGGCGGGUAGUCUGCUGGGAUUGGUGCCUUCCAAACCCCCCAAUCCGUUUUGGCAAUGUUACUCGCCUUCACAACAUGAGCCUCUCUUGCUCUGCGACGUAUGACCAGAUGCCGUUCAGGUUGACCGAGCUUAUAUCAAGCGCCACAAACUUAACUAUCUUAUACCUGGAUUUCCAAGAUCAGAUGAUUUGGAUUGAGCCACAAGGUCCUAAACUUCUCUAUCCUGUAUUCAGCAACGUCAGAGAUGUCUAUCUUUGCAACAUUUUCUAUGAAUGUGACCUGAACUGGACUGUGUUUGUCCUUGAAGCUGCAGCUCGUCUCAGCAACUUUUAUCUCAAGUUAUGUCAGCAUCCAUGUGAAAGGAACAGAUGCGAGGACAGCGCUGAGAAGGUCAAUUUGUUAUGGGAUCAGAUGUCAUCUGAUUUCAAACAUCGCCACUUGAAUCUAUUAGAGAUUACAGGAUUUGCGAUGGAUGAUAAGAUGAUAAAUUAUACCAGGCUUAUUAUGGAGCGAGCUGUGAACUUGAAGAGAAUCCGCUUGCUCGAUCAAGUUCCAUGUGACAAGGGCAAUGCCAUGAAUGGUAUGGGAUCUACAUCCUCAAACAAAUGGAGAUUUCCUGUUGACCAAGGAGAAAAGAGUCUAAUAAAGCAGAAGCUUAUAGAUGGAUUCUCCUCGUCUGCUGAAAUAACCAUAGGAUGAAUCAGUUCUAUUUAUUCUAGUCGAUUGUAAAUUAUUAGUUGUAUAAUGGUCGUCGAUUGUAAAAGUACGUAGCUAAUAAAAUUGUCAUUUGGACCAAGAAGUAUCAUGAAAUAUUCUGGGUAAUCCUAGCCCUUUUCAGCUC